AUGCAGUCUACCAGAUCAACUGCGCUCUCACGAGCACUCCGGACUGCUGUCCGCAGUCACCCCCACACCGCGAAGCGGCAUACUAGUUCAGUUGCUUUGCUGUCACAGAGAUUCCAACCUCAGUCGCAACAUCAGCAACACCAGCCACAGAACAUCCUCUCCCGCCCAGCAGCAUCUUUCACACCUUCUCUUACACAACAAAUCCGCCAUGCCUCCUCCUCCACGACCCCCCAAACUGACCUCCAAAAAACCCCCCUCUACGACCUCCACCUCUCCCACGGCGGCAAAAUGGUCCCCUUCGGCGGCUUCUACAUGCCAGUCCAAUACUCCUCCCUCGGCGUCGCCCAAUCCCACCUCUUCACCCGCUCCCACGCCUCCCUCUUCGACGUCUCCCACAUGGUCCAACGUCUCAUCCUCGGCCCGGGCGCCGCCGCUUUCCUAGAGCGGAUAACCCCCAGCGACUGCAAGAAUCUCGAGACCCACAAGUCGACCCUCUCGGCGCUCAUGACGCUGGAUGGAAAAGGUGGGAUUUCGGACGACACCAUCAUCACCAAGCUGGCCGAGGACAAGUUUUAUGUUGUGACCAAUGCUGGGUGCAGGGGGAAGGACAACAACUAUAUUGAUCGGGAGAUGGCAAAAUGGAAUACCGAGAUGGGGCAUGAGGGGUUGAAGGUUAGGGAGGAGCAGCUGGAUGGGUGGGGGUUGGUUGCUGUUCAGGGGCCAAAGGCGGAGGAGAUUUUACAGGGGGUUUUGGCAGAAGAGGGGGUGGAUUUGAAGAAGCUGCUUUUUGGGGGGAGUUUGUACGCCAAGGUGAAGUAUGGGGGUGGGAAGGUGAGCAGCCCGCUUUUGAUCAGCAGGGGGGGUUAUACCGGUGAGGAUGGUUUCGAGAUUUCGAUCCCCCCUGCUGAGACGGUGGGUGUUACCGAGGCCUUCCUCGCUUCUGGGCCGGAGGAGAUCCAGCUUGCUGGGUUGGGCGCGAGAGAUAGCUUGCGGUUGGAGGCGGGCAUGUGUCUGUACGGGCAUGACCUCAACGACUCCAUUACUCCUGUUGAGGCUGGGUUGAGCUGGAUUAUUCCCAAGGAGAGGAGGUCGGAGAAUGCGGGUUACUACGGCGCUGGUGUCAUCGCCAAGCAGCUCGUCCCCAGGAGCAAAGGGGGCGCGGGUGUCCACCGUCGCCGGAUCGGUCUGCUUGUCGAGGGUGCGCCCGCGAGAGAAGGAGCCGAGAUUGUCUCCCGCAGUGAGGAUGGCAAGGAGGCGAUUAGCUUGGGGACUGUGACGAGUGGGUGCCCUAGCCCGAGCCUGGGCAAGAACAUCGCCAUGGGAUACAUCAAGGAUGGUUUCCACAAGGCUGGCACCGAGGUCGACAUUUUGGUGCGUGGCCGGCCAAGGAAGGCGGUGGUGACCAAGAUGCCGUUUGUGCCGACCAAGUACUGGAAGGGAACUGCCCCGGCGUAA